GGCCCCUUUCAAUAAUCUACCGCAACUCGCUAGCUUUACACCGAGGUUAUGAGUAGGUGCUAAUGAAGGGUAGCCCCCAACUCCCCUGGUCUCGACCCCGCAGGAAUAUUUCAUUAGCGAUCAAGAUGCUAUAGAUAUAUAACUGCCGUAUAGAAUCCGGGGUCUCCGCAUUCCUCUAAUAGCAAGAAGUUGGGGUAGUUGUCGUGAUAGGUAGGUGGGUAUAUCCACAUCUGGAACGUGAAGGUCAAAACUUGGACGAAUCUGGGAUGGAUUGAUGGGACCGAUGUUACACGCUAUGGGAGACGCGUGGAUGAUCAUUGGCAUAUAUCUAGAGCGACGACAGGGUUGUACUUCGAGUGACGCAGUAAACACUACAUUAAUUUUAAUGUUGGAAGUCGGCUUUCCUCUUGUUGUAUCUUGUGAACUUCUCUCUUCGAAAGAUCACGUAUCGCGCCCACGAUCAUGUCGACAGACGAAGAAAAGCUCGCGGUGAGCUCAGUGGAUGAUCAGAAACCUGAAAUAGGGCACAAGGAAGAGCUUGAGAUUGUGCCGAUAGAACAAGAAGCAGUUGAAGGAGCUUAUCAUGUCAAUUUGAGCUGGAGAUCAUGGCUUGUGGUAUUCAUUACCUGCUUCGCAGUUACAGCCCAGGUAUUCGUCGUGGUGGCCGCGGGCUCUGUGAUAGCCUUCAUCAUUCGUGAUCUAGGAGAUGCUUCAAUAGCCGGCUGGGUCAUUCAGGGUCCGCUGCUCAUGCAAUCUGUGCUUUCGCCGAUAGUCGGGCGUCUAUCUGAUGUGUUGGAUAGAAAGUACCUGGCAGCGAUACCGCCGUUGAUCGCCUUCGUAGGAGCCGUAAUAUCCGCCAAAGCAACAUCAAUGAGCAUGCUUAUAGGCGGUGGUGUACUCAUUGGAACUACGCUGUCCACGAUAUCUAUCGUACAGGCCAUUCCUUCCGAGAUCUUACCCCUGAAGUAUCGUGCACUUGCGAACGGCUUUGCCUUUGUUGGAGGAGCUGUUGGUGGGCUGAUCGGCUCUCUCGGCGCCGGCGCAGUCACAAACGUCAAUACCGGCGGAUGGCGGUAUAUCUUCUGGAUCCAAGCUGUGUUCCACGGCGUCACGACGUUGGGCCUCCUCUGUUUCUACUGGCCGCCAAAGCAUAUCGAAUACCCCAAAAUGUCACUGAAAGAUUAUAUAUGGGCUUGUGAUCCGAUUGGGUCUACAUUAUUUGUUAGCAGUACGACUCUUCUACUUCUCGCGCUCGACUGGGCUGGAGGGGCCUAUACUUGGUCGAGUCCUCAUGUUGCUGUACCACUGAGUCUAGGUCUGGCGCUGUUGGUUGGGUUUGGUCUCUAUGAAUGGAAAGGUCGAUCCGAUGGUCUAGUUGCACAUGUAUUUUUCAGGCAGAACGCCAACUUUGCUUACUCGGUCUUCGGUUUCGCGGUGGAAGGUUGGAUCUUUUACAGCGCUGUUAACUCGGUUGUGCCACAGAUCGCACUUAACUUGGGGUUUGAGAGCGACUCCUGGCAUAUCUCGGUGCGACAAUUGAGUUAUCAGUUGCCCGUUCUCUUCGCCUCGGUCCCCAUUACUUGGUAUGCUACGCGAUAUAAGGAUCUACAAGUCCCUCUGCUCUUUACCUUUACGAUAUUCCUCGUCGUAACCAUCUGUUACGCUUGUAUCCAGCCAACAUGGAGUUCCGCGCAACUAGGAAUUAACGUUCUUUCAGGAAUCGGUCAAGCAGGACCUCUUAUGCUUCUUGUAGCUGCCAUACAGUUUACGGCGCCUCACGCCUUUUUGUCAACGGCAACAGGACUUGGCUUCUCAGCACGAGCCAUCGGUGGAGCUUUCGGGUCCGCUGUCCUCAAUGCUAUUAUCAAUGGGCGGUUGAGCAGCCACUACGCGGCGGGAGUUGGCAGUGCAGCCGUAAAUGCGGGACUUCCUUCGAGUAGCGUGCCGGCAUUGAUAGAGGCACUGGAUGCUGGAAAUAUAGGAUCGGGGGUUGAUGAUGCGACACCAACGAUUUGGGCUGCAGCCGUCGAAGCAAGCAGGUCGGAAUACGCCCACGCCUACCGUUUAGCUUGGGCGAGUGUCAUCCCUUUCGUCGUACUAGCCAUCGUUGCUGUUGCAUUAUUGAAGGGCGUCAAGGAAUUGAUGACGGAGAAGGUUGAGGCUACUGUUGAACAUGUCGAGCAUACUGAGCAUGCUUAAUUAUGAUGGAAGGGUACGCGUUUUAGAUGCUCAUUGUGUGGUUUGGUAUGAGCAAUUGAUGUUAUUUUUCUUAGGUUUAGAAUUUCGGUCGGAGAGGAUAAGAAUUCGCUGUUAUCCACCCACAGCUUGUCGCUAACGACUGAUAUGGCGUCGAAAUGGCCUGGAACCCCGCUAUAAUUAUGGUGGGUUGUAGAGCGUCGCUCCUUGAAAGUAC